GAAGAAAGGAAAAAUGGAAGUGGAAGAGGAGGAGGAGCCAAGCCACAAUAUUUAGUCUUGUAUAAUUUCAUGGUAUGAUGGACGCAGCUGAGGUGGGCCUCCGCUGUGGCCAGGCAGUUCAGCCUUGCCGUCAACCCUCCAGGUGAUGAGUGAGUUGCCGGUUGAGCUGGAGUGUCCUGGUAUUGGGGGCUCGUCUGGUAUUGUAGACAACCAUCUGUGUAACCUUUUCGUGAAGAGGUCCGGUGUGACCCCUGGCAGGUUCGUGAUGGUGUCCGGCACAGCGUUGAAGAGGUCCGCAGAAAACAACACGCCGAUUUAUUUGAAGUCAAGGAUGGAGAUUAAAAUGGCCUUGAAAAACACCACACCUGUUUUGUCCACCGCCAUCACCACCUUUUCCCAGAUCAAGGAAGUGUAUUACAGACUCACACAUAAGGAAGAGGGUUGCGUGGUAGGUGCGUUCACUGGUCUGGGUUGUGUUGGUGCGUGUUCUGAAGAGAUGACCGCAGACGCGCUGGCUGGUGAUGACUAGAGGUGCACAGAUGCAGUGUUCUGUACAAGCUGGAUGGAAGUAUGCAAACCUCGCAAUGAAGAGGGAAAAGUUGAGGAAAUGGUUCUAUCUUGACUUUUGGCUAAAAUAAGCAUCUUGUGUGUAUGUGUGUGUGUGUGUGUGUGUGUGUGUGUGUGU